CCAGUUCCAAGAAGAAAAAACUCUUUUUGUUCUUUAUCCGGCUCAUGAGCUCAUCUUUAUCUUCAUUCACAUGAGAAUCCGGCUGGUUCGGAGCGUCGGCCGGACACCGACAGACCCUGCUAGACUUAGAAAAAGGCGAAGGCACCCACCAGUAGAAAUAGACGGACCAUUUCGCUGCGCCGCUCGAUCCCCGUUGAAGGCACGAGCGAGAGUCAUCGACGACUUUUCGCGUCAUCUUGUUCUCGGGGCGCAAGAAGGCGUGCGGUGGGAUGGCUACAAGAACGGCCGUGAGGAGGAUUCCCCAGCCUGCUAACUGGGCAGUGGUUGCGGAGGCCGUGGCGAGGAGGAUGGAGGGCGUGGGCGGUGGCGGUGGCGGUGGCCUCGUGCCGCGCUACUUCAGCGGCAAGACCUCUGGCAGGGUGCUCGGCGAGGAGGAGAGCGCCGCCGAGAACGUCUACAUAAAGAGGAUGGAGCGGGAGAAGCUGAGGAGGAAGGCGGACAAGGACAAGGCCGAGGCAGCCAAGAGGGACAAAGGGGACAAGAAGGGUGAGGCACAUCCGAGGUGAUGAUCAGAUGAUACGGUGAUGGUGUGGAGAAGGUUAUGGAUAACUCUGCCCGUGGUGUGUUAUCAAUAUGAACUGUACUCGUAGUGAUUCUAUCUUGUCGUUGUAAAUUAAUAGUAGCGGGUUUCUCGAGCCGACUAUGUCCGCAGUCUGUAUGAUAAAUAAUGAAUAAAACAAACAGAAACUUGCAGUACUA